AUGUCGAAAGAGGCGAUCCAGCCUGUGGAGACCCCAGGCAAUUCUGGGUCUACUCCGUCCCACACUGUGAAGAAAAAGGUGCGAGAAGGGUGCGUGGAGGGUGUGCCUGCAGAGGGUCGAGAUGCACACCCUCAUGGUACACAUGUUGGUGCUCGCGAAUGGCCGCUGGGAUGGUUCCUCUGCAAGUUUUCCAGUUUCUUCGCGAAUGCGUCCGUAGCGGCAAGCAUCAACAGCCUCCUCGCCGUCGCCGUCGACAGGCUCCUGGCGAUCUGUUUCCCCUCGAAGCCGCAGCUGACGAAGAAAGCGGCAGCCGCCGCGAUCGCCGUCAUUUGGCUCUCCUCCCUCUGCGUCUCCCUCCCGUGGCUCAUCUACUCGGAGACGUUCGAGAGCGAGGGAGGAAGCACGCAUUGCAUCGAUGCCUGGCCGUCGACGGAAACGAAAUGGACGAUCUUCUUGCUGGGGCCUGUGGUCUUCGGCUACUUCAUCCCUUCGUUUCUCAUCUCCCUUUGCUGCUUGUUCAUAUGGAUGGAAGACUCCUGGGGACGAAUCCCGACCGAGGCCGGAGACGCGACUGCAUCCAAAUUCCGGCGGGGGCAGGAGGAGGUGCUCGCGGUGAAGAUGCUCGUGGAGGUCACGGUCGUCUUCCUGAUUUCUUGGGCUCCGCGCUUCGGUCUCGAGGUCGUCAUCGGUUUCCAGGAGACGUUCUUCUGGGAGAACGAAGACGUCGGCAUUUAUGCGAUCCUUUUCGCGGAUUGUUUGGGUCUGUCCGCCUCGUUCGUGAAGCCGAUCCUCUACGCCUUUCGCGACGAAAAGUUGAGAGACGGUGUCCUGGCCGUUCUCCGGAGCCGUUGCUGUUACUGAACGCUGAGAACAGAUGAACGGCUUCAACCGUUCGAUUCAAGGGCAAACCACCUGCACGGCACCGCGGAACCCGGUCAACGUUGAAAACGCCGACGUCAGAUGUUGUUUGUCGCCUGACGUGUCGUGGCCCCUGACAUUCCAAGCCUUGUUCCCCAUUUUUUCUGCUCGUUUUCCGUUGCAGACUGUUCUUCCCUGAGAUUCAGACCUCUAUGCUUUCUCUAGAAAUUUAAGCUGUCAAAAAAAUCCAAUUCAAUGCUCCAAUCCUCAUAGCUAAAAAAAAAGUUCAUUUUUCUCAGGUAAUUCAGAAGUGCGAAAUUCCCUGCUUUCGCACCUCGCACCGACGCGACUAUUUCAGCCGACAGACGAUGCAACGAUAAAACUGAAAGAAACUUCCCUUUCGAAACAGUCCCAC